UGUAAGUGCAAGCAGUCAUCGCCCGUGAGUGCCGGGAGGCAAUAGACAUAAACGAGGAUACUUGUGACGUUUUUUUUUUUUACUCAAAACAAUUAAAAUUAAUAUAUCGCUUAAUUUUUCUAUUUUCUAUACUCAAAAUUGUCAAGAAUUUUAAUCCUAGGUGGAAGGUCUAACUUAGAUUUUAUACUUAUGUUUUCUAUAAUACUGAUAUGGACCUAGUGAAUUUAAGGUCGGCACGGCACUGAAGAGAUGACCAAUUUAAAGAUGCUGAUCAACUAUCUCAUCAUAGUCGGGAUAGCGAUAGUAGUUUCCUCAACUGGUGGCCAUGGUUUUGAUGCUCAUCUACGUGGACCAAGCUUUCUAAUUGAACCGCCAUCAAGAAUUGAAUUCUCAAAUUCAAGUGGAGCUUGGCUAGAUUGUGCAGCAACUGGGAGUCCAGCACCGGAUAUCGACUGGUCUACUGCAGAUGGACUUCCGGCUGGAGACGUACUUGGUGUUCGGCGAGUACUUAGAAAUGGAACUCUUGUACUUCUUCCGUUUCAAGCAGCAGCAUUCAGACAAGACGUCCAUAGUGCAGCUUACAGAUGUAUAGCUAGUAACUCAGUUGGUCGAAUACUCAGUCGCGAUGUACAAGUUAGAGCAAUUGUGACUCAAUCAUAUACAGUUGAUGUAGAAGUAGUUGAAGGAGCAUCACGGGGCUGUACAGCAAUUCUGAGAUGUCUUGUUCCAAGUCAUGUAAAAGAUCUUGUAAAAGUAGUAUCCUGGUUACAAGAGCCAGCAUUUCAUAUAUAUCCAUCACUUCAAGGAGAUGGAAAAUUCCAUUUACUUCCUACAGGUGAACUUCUGAUCCAUAGUCUAGAAUUCAGUGAUCAAUUCUUAAGUUAUAGGUGUAGGACAAUGCAUAGACUAACUAGACAAGUGGUUGUAAGUUCGUCAGCGAAUGUCAGAAUAUCAGAUCACAGAGGAGUCCUACCCCCUAUCAUUUUAGAACAUUCUGGAGUUAUUUACAUUUCUCAAGAUGAAUCUACAUCAAUGGUUUGCGUAGCUAAAGCAUGUCCAUCAGCGGAUUAUAGAUGGUAUGCACAAACAGGAGCUGAGCAAAUGCCAGUUACGUCAGGCCCAAGAACAAGAUUACUUGGGCCAGUAUUAGCUAUUGAAGCUGUCACUCAGUCGGAUAGUGGAGUGUAUCAAUGUAUAGCGUCUAAUGUUGGUGGAGAGACUAGUGCUGAACUCAGACUAAUAGUAAUGGCACCAUUAAACGUUGAAGUCUCACCAUCAUUAUUAAGUGUUCAUCUUGGUGGUAACGCCGAAUUUACUUGCAUCGUUAGCACACAUUCUCAAGCCGGUCAACAUUUCAUUACCUGGUUUAAAGAUGGAAGACAACUCCCAGGUGCUGGUAGACAAUCUGAAACAUUAACACUUAAUGGAAUCAAUCGAGAAGAUAGAGGAAUGUAUCAGUGUGUUGUGAGGAGAGGAGACGACACUUCUCAAGCAUCAGCAGAACUUCAACUCGGAGAUGCUCCACCAGUUCUUUUAUACUCUUUUAUUGAACAAACACUUCAACCAGGACCGGCUGUUUCGCUUAAAUGCUCAGCAGCUGGAAAUCCAACACCUCAGGUUACUUGGGCAUUAGAUGGAUUUAAUUUACCGACCAUUACCAGGUUUGUCAUAGGCCAAUACGUAACUGUCCAUGGAGAUGUUAUAUCACAUGUGAAUAUUAGUCAAGUUAUGGUAGAAGAUGGUGGUGAAUAUUCUUGCACAGCUGAAAAUCGAGCAGGGAAAGUCACACAUGCAGCACGUCUGAAUGUUUAUGGUUUACCAUACAUCAGAACUAUUCCAAAAGUAACAGCAGUUGCAGGAGAGACAUUACGUUUAAAAUGUCCAGUUGCUGGAUACCCAAUAGAAGAAAUAAAAUGGGAACGAAGUGGACGUGAAUUACCGGACAAUCUUCGGCAAAAAGUUCUACCUGAUGGCACUUUGGUGGUAUCAAGUGUACAGAAAGAAUCAGACACUGGAACUUAUACUUGUUGGGCUAGAAAUAAGCAAGGACAUAGCGCUAGAAGAUCUGGAGAUAUCACAGUAAUAGUUCCCCCGAAAAUUAGUCCAUUUACGGCAGAUCGUGAUCUUCACCUUGGAGAACGCACCAGCUUUACUUGUUCAGUCACAAGAGGCGAUCAGCCAGUGAGAAUCAGCUGGUUGAAAGAUGGCCGCCCUUUAGGACCCUCUGAACGGGUGUCCAUCACCAAUGUUGAUCAGUUUAAUAGCAUACUGAUGAUUGAAAGUUUAUCUCCAGAUCAUAAUGGGAAUUAUUCCUGUGUUGCUUCUAAUCCAGCUGCAGAGAUAUCACAUAUGCAGCAACUUGUGGUUCAUGGUGCAAAAUCUGGAGAGUAUGAUGAAUUACGAGAAAGUUCAUAUACAAAACUUUUGAGUAAUGGCACAUUGGUACUACAACACGUAAAGGAGGAUAGAGAAGGCUAUUACCUCUGUCAAGCUAGUAAUGGGAUUGGUACUGGUAUUGGCAAAGUAGUACAACUGCGAGUAAACUCUUCGCCAUAUUUUGCUGCACCGUCGAGACUCGUAACAGUCAAAAAAAGUGACACUGCAACACUUCACUGUGAAGUACAUGGUGAUAAACCUAUUACAAUCAUUUGGCUUAAAGGUGGAAAAAUUGAACUGAAUCCUUCAACAAACUACAGGGUUUCUACAAAAAUGGAAGUGACAACUGACGGUGUUGAAGGACAAUUACAAAUCUCUUCAGUAGAGGCGUCGGAUAGCGGAGCAUAUUUUUGUCAAGCAAGUAAUUUAUAUGGAAGAGAUCAACAAUUAGUUCAACUUCUAGUUCAAGAACCUCCCCAUCCACCUCAUGGAUUAGAAACUGCAAUGAUUGCUCCAAGAAGUAUCAAUGUUAAGUGGCAACACAAAGCUCAGGAUACUAGUGAAGUUUCCAAAUAUAUCCUUCAGUAUAAAGAAGGAGAGGGAGGUAUGUGGCAACAGCAAGAACUAGUAGGACCUCCUUUGCCGUAUGCUACGUUAAUAGAUGAUCUAAAGCCAGCUACAAAAUACUUCAUACGAAUUAUUGCCGAAGGACCUGCUGGUCAAUCUGCUCCAUCAACAGAGCUCAUCGUCAAAACUGAACCCCAAAGACCUGCAGGACCACCUAUUAAUAUCGCCGCUAGACCUAUAUCUUCUACCGAAAUUAUUGUAUCGUGGUCAGCACCAUUACCAGAAUUGCGCCAUGGCGAAAUUCAAGGUUUUAAUAUUGGGUUUAGAGAAUCAAGUGGAGGUAACCCAUCGUACAAUUUUACGUCCGUAUUUGGUGACGGUGGAGAUGGAACAGGAGAGCUCCACUUAACAGCUUUAAAGCCAUAUACAAGAUAUACUGUUGUCGUUCAAGCCUAUAAUCAAGUCGGUUCAGGACCAUUAUCUGAACCAUUACCAACGCAAACAUUAGAAGAUGUGCCAAGUAAACCACCUGAAGAUAUUCGCUGUGCUUCAUUGACAUCACAAUCAUUGCAAAUAUCAUGGAAAUCACCUCCAGCUGCUUAUACUAAUGGAAAUAUUCAAGGGUAUAAAGUUAGUUAUGAACCAGUCUUGACAGAUUCAUGGGUCAGUAUAGAUGAAAUGGAAAUUCGAAAAACUGCAAGUAUGACAAUGACAUUAGCAGGAUUAAGAAAAUACACAAACUACACUGUGCAAGUAUUGGCAUAUACUAGAGUUGGCGAAGGUGUUCCUUCUAGAAUAAUGUACUGUCGUACAAAGGAAGAUGUACCAGGAAGUCCAGCAGAUAUUAAGGUCGUUGUAAGUUCACCACAAGCGUUGUUUAUAUCAUGGCUUCCUCCGCUAGAACCCAACGGUGAUAUCACUAAAUAUAAUCUUUACUCAAGAAUCAUGGAUGGCCGUGAAGAAUUGAAUCAUGGAAAAAGAGUAUUGUCUGCAACAAACACUUUCUUUGAAGUAACAGGCCUACAACAAAGAGUAGAAUAUCAGUUCUGGGUAACUGCUAGUACUCGUAUAGGAGAAGGACAAAGUUCAACAGUCGCAGCAGCUAUGCCAAAAAAUCAUGUUGUUGCAAAAAUAACAUCAUUUGGAAGUCACAUUAUAAGACCAUGGCAUAGUUCGGUUACAAUGGCCUGUCACGCAGUUGGUGAUCCUUCUCGUCAGUGGUUUAAAGGUUUUCUUGAAGAAAUCCACACUGAUUCUAAUAAAAAUGUACAAGUAUUAGAAUCAGGAGAGCUUAUCCUAUCUAAUAUUCAAAGUAAUGAUGCUGGAAACUAUACUUGUCAAGUUGAAAACGUAUUGGGAAGUGAUCGCCUUCAUUAUAGUCUUAUUGUUCAAGUUCCACCAAGUGCUCCAGUCUUAUAUGUAACAAGUUCUACAUCGAGAAGUGUUCUUCUUCAUUGGAAACCUGGCUACAAUGGUGGCUCACCAUUAAUAGGAUAUACUCUCCAUUACCGUCCUACUCAUGGGAAUCUUGAUGAGUUACAAUUAUCUCGGCGAGCAACCAAUCAUGAACUGAAGGGGCUUCUGUGUGGCAAUAUGUAUCAUCUUUAUCUAACUUCUCAUAAUAAAAUUGGGAGCAGUAAACCUUCUCCAGUUCUCUCAGUUCGAACUCAAGGUCAAGCGCCCGGUAUCCCACCUGCAGCGGCAUUUUUGGCACCCAACUCUACAUCUCUUUCGUUGCGUCUCCAUACAUGGCCAGAUAAUGGCUGUCCAAUAACUUAUUUUGUUAUUCAGUAUCGUCCAAUAAAUGAAUUUCAUUGGACAUUGGUUUCUAAUAAUGUACAAAUGCAACGAAAAUUUGUUGUCACAAAUUUAUCACCGAGUACUGUUUAUCAAUUAAAAGUUGAAGCUUAUAAUGUUGCUGGAAGUAAUCAGGCUGAAUUUAAUUUCGUAACAUUUACUAAAGACGGUGAAGCACCACCGCCAGAACUAUCUGAAAGAGGUAUGACCUCUAAUCAACCAUUUUAUGUCAACGUAAAAGUAAUGUUACCACUGAUUGCUAUGGCUUUUGCACUAGUAACAGUUUGUAUUGCUUUUGGCGUAAGAUGGAAAGCUAAGCAAUUAAGAGAUCAGCAACAGCGGCCAAUGAAAGAAAGUCAAGAAAAUCAACAAAAUGCGGAAACGCAACGAGAAAGAUAUUAUGCAACGAUACAUAAGGUUGCUCUUCAACAGGCUGCUAAUACUGGCGGAACAGACAAAAUUCCAGAGACAGCGGAGGACAUCUCGCCAUACGCUACGUUCCAGCUUUCGGAAGGGGGCGGGGGAAACCUGGCAGGUUUCGGAGGCUUGGGGGGGUUGGGCGCCACGACAGAGGUAUCAGCAGUCAGUCUUCACCCUAACAAUACACUUCUUCACAGCUUUAUGUAUCACGAGCACGCAAUGACGGAAGGAUGUGCGAGUCCACCACCACCAGCAACGAGUAUGAAGAGUGUAUCAUCGCGGCGGCGUCAACAACGAAAGCAACACACUCCAGGAGAUGACAGCGAUGAAAGCGAAUCUGAUCCAGAUCAAUUAUCACGCUCCAGAACAGAAUCAUCAAACCAACUAGACGCUGGCAAACUCAAACACAUUCGAGCAGUUUCGGAUUUCAUUUAUCACGGUACAUCGAGCACAUCAUCAGAUAUUUCACCAAUGUGUGAACAGAAAUCUUUACCCAGACGAGGAAGAUCUAGAUGGCACGUUCCCAGCAGGAAUUCUCUUCGAAUGCUGUUACCACCGAUGUCUGUAGCUGAGACAGCGUUCGUUAAUAAUCAGGGAUCUGCAGUUCAAAGAAAUGGGAACGGAGAAAAGAGUGACCGACCAGAACUUAGUGAAGCUGAAUGCGAUAUUGAUUCACUCAAGAAGCCUAAGCUUGGAUUAAGAAGUUCUCUCUGGUCAAGACCAAAUACUCAGAAUAAUCCCUCCUCGGACUAUUCAAUUGCCGUCUGAAAUUCACUAUAUCUUUGAUAAUCAUCUAUUAGCCAACCGUCUGUGGCACUUAUAAAUGAGUUAAUUAAAUUCGUCGUGAUUGUUUAUUAUUUCUGGAGUUACUUUCAUCAAAAGUACUUUUGAUACUAGUGAUAGACUGAAGAUGUUGACGAUUCACUAGUUAACUAUGAACUGUCACAAUUAAUGAUCCAUGUCUUCCUUUGUAUAUUUGAAAUCCAUGAGGUCAACUACCCUCCAUUUUCACUGCCAGUUUAUAAAGUAUACAGUUUUAUCAUUGUACGAUAUACAUGAAGCCGUCUCUAUUAAUGACUGAAAAUUUGAAUACUUUGUUUAAUAGAUUUUAACUGAAAAAAAUAAACAAUUACGAUGAUGAGAACGAAUGAAUAAGUGUUUGACUAUAAUUAAAUUAAUAAUGGUUAAGAAAAUUAGUCUUAAAAAGUAUAUGGAAUACAUGAUUUGUGCCAAAUGAUAAUUUGCUCAGGCUGUUUAUGACUACAGUCAUAAACGGACGUUCCAUUCGAGACCAAGACUUAUUUCAAAUAUUCAUACGAAUGUUGCAGCAUUUAAUAAAUAGAUAAAUUAAGAAAAUAAAGCCUAUCAAGUAGUUA